AUGUCCAAACUCGCCUUUGCGUCGUCGCUACUACUAGCUCUAACGCACCAGGCGCAUUCAGCCAUCGUUACCCAAUCCCUCGAACUCACUAAUGCUGAUGUGUCCCCGGACGGCUAUACGCGCUCCGCUGUCCUAGCCAACGCACAGUUACCAGGCCCUUUGAUUUCUGCGAACGCUAGUGACACGUUCCAAAUCAACGUCACGGAUAGUCUUACGGAUACUACGAUGUACCGGGGCACUUCAAUCCAUUGGCAUGGUCUAUUCCAAAAGGGAACCGCAAUGGACGACGGUGUCGCAUGGGUAACACAGUGUCCAAUUAUCCCAGGAAAUUCUUUCCUUUACAACUUCACGGUCGCUAAUCAAACGGGAACCUAUUGGUAUCAUAGUCAUGUGGGGACGCAGUACUGCGACGGUUUGCGUGGACCACUUGUCAUUUAUGAUCCGGAUGACCCUCUUACGGAUUUGUAUGAUGUCGAUGAUGAAACGACCGUCAUUACUCUCGCGGACUGGUAUCACAACGUAUCAAAUGUCCUCUUCCCGAAUACGGGCAAUGUUGAUCCCACACCCGAUGCUACUCUCAUCAAUGGCCUUGGCCGGUACUCUGGAGGGCCAACAGACUCGUCCCUCGCCGUUUUGAAUGUCACACAAGGACAACGAUACCGCUUCCGUAUCGUUAGCUUGAGUUGCUACCCUUCCUUCACGUUCCAGAUUGAUGGACACAAUCUGACGGUCAUAGAGGCUGAUGGCAUCGAGACGGAGUCAGUGGAGGUUAACUCCCUCGUCAUUUACCCUGGACAACGCUACUCGGUCGUCCUGAAUGCCACUCAGGAUGUUGGGAACUACUGGAUCCGCGCCGAGCCGAGCCAGGGUACUACUGGCUUCACAAAUGGAAUCAACUCCGCCAUCUUACGAUACUCCGGCGCUGAUGAUGAGGAGCCUACCACCAUCGAGAAUACCGAAGGGACGCAGCUCGAUGAGGCAGACCUUGCACCAUUGGUCAAUCCAGGAGCACCAGGUGAAGCGGUUGCAGGAGGAGUGGACUAUGCCUUGAAUCUUGAUAUCGCCCUGAACCUGACAAGCGGUGCUCACAUGGUCAACGAUGUAGAAUGGGUCAAUCCUACCAUCCCUGUUUUGCUUCAAGUCCUUUCUGGAACAACAAGUGCUUCAGAUCUCCUACCGUCCGGAUCUAUCUACGCGCUUCCUGGUAAUAGCACCAUUGAGAUCUCCAUGCCCGGAGGAGCUUCGCACCCGAUGCAUUUGCACGGACACAACUUCGACGUUGUUCGUGUGGCAGGCAGCGACGAGUACAACUAUGUCAACCCUCCUCGUCGAGACGUUGUCAACAUUGGUGUGGCGACUGACAAUGUGACCAUCCGCUUCACCACCGACAACUCCGGCCCGUGGUUCCUGCACUGCCAUAUUGACUGGCAUCUCGCUGCUGGACUGGCUGUCGUAAUGGUUGAGGAUGCUGAUGAUAUUGCAUCUGCAGACCCUGUUACUGACGCUUGGAGUGCUCUUUGCCCCGAGUACUCUGCAGCGGACCCAGAUACCGCAUUUGAAUGAGCAGUUCUCCUUAAUCCCUCAACGAAUCGCAUCCGCUCCGGUGUCGAAAAUAUCGGGGUCACUGCAUGAUAAACUUGGACGUUCAUCCAUUCGCACUUACGAUCUCUGGGUAAUCCGUUUACGAUGGCCGACGAGGACGCAUUAAUUGAUAAUGUCUUUCCGACUUUGUUCACUCUUUUGAUUUUGUCUUCGCAUACAACUUGUCUAAAUAUCUAACUAAUCUGAAAAUAAGAUAGUG